CAAUUUGUUGUUUAACUCACAUCUUCCUUGCAUCCUCCCUUCUCUCCUCAGGGUUUUCUGAUCGUGCUAUUGACAUAAAAAAGUGGCACUAUAUUGCCAAAGAUGGGCAGAAACAGUUCGUGAUCUCUGAGUAUUCCGUUGUUACCGCUCAAAGUCGCUCAGAGAAUCGCAAGCCCGACAUCCCGCUCAAAAGCAAACUGAAGAAGGACCCCGGGAUACCUCGUCUCCCAAGUAUAAGGCUUCGCAAUGCAGAGAAGGAAAAGGCACACCCUCAUCCCAUUCCUCUCCGCAGAACGGACGGAGAUGCAGAAAUGGCGACGGAGCCAACUCUUUCUUCCCUCGCGGCUAUGGCGGAAGCUGCCACCCCAUCGAACGACCAGGCGUUCAGCGACCCGUCCUCCUCUACGAGUGGCGCGACGAAGACAAAGGAGCAAAUUCGCAAGCAUUAUAUUCGAGCACUGCACAAAGUCAUCGACGAGGCUGACAUCAUCGUCAUGGUACUCGACGCGCGCGACCCGGAGGGAUGCAGGAGUCGGUUGGUAGAGGAGGAAGUGCGUCGGCGAGAAAGCGAAGGCAAACGGUUGGUCUUUGUAUUGAACAAGAUCGAUCUUGUUCCGCGCGACAACGCGCAGGCUUGGCUGCGCUACCUCCGCCACUCAACACCCACCCUUCCCUUCAAAUCCGCGUCAAAUAACCAGCGUUCACGGCUCUCCUCACCCACCGCCCCUGCUCUCGUGCGCUUGCUCAAGGCGUACAAGCCUAGCUCCGCUCAGACUGUCACCGUCGGCGUCGUAGGCUACCCGAAUGUCGGCAAGAGUAGCUUGAUCAACACUUUGAAGCGAGCGAAGGUCUGCGCGGUCGCUGCACAGCCUGGUCACACAAAGGAGCUGCAGACCAUCCAGCUUGAGCGAGGCCUGAAAGUUAUCGACUCGCCCGGUGUCGUGUUCGACGAGGAUGAUUUCGACGACGGUAAGGGCAAGUCGAGGAGUAACAUCUUGCUCCGAAACGUCGUCAAGGUGGAAGACAUCGACGACCCGAUCGCUCUCGUGGAGGAGAUAUUGAGUCGGACUGACACAGAAAUGCUCAAGAAGAUAUACAACCUCCCCGAGAUCGCCCCCACACUACAAUUCCUCACCAUGCUCGCACUUACAACAGGCCGCCUGCUCAAAGGCGGGACGCCCGACAUCCUCUCCGCCGCGCGCAUAGUCCUCAACGACUGGAACCACCAAAAGAUCCCCUACUACUCGGUCCCGCCCGACGUCCACCCCUCGCUCAUCCCCUCAACAGUCGUGGAAGGCGGCGAACGCACCGUCGCCCCGGGUGCAGAGAGCGUCGGACAGGCGCAGAUCGUCACCUCCUUCGCACAGCCGUUCGCGCUCGCCGGACUCUUCGGCGCGGCGGACGCGGGCGCAUUCGGCGGCGACCCGGGGCCGGACGCGAUGGAGCUCGAGCCGGAGGAGGAGGUCGUCGACGAGAUGGACGAGGACGGGAAGGAGAUGGAGUCGGACGACCUCGCGCCUGCAAUCCCCCGGAAACGCUCUCGUCGCCGUCGCCCGAAGUCGCAUGACGUCCCGUCGUAUGAUGCACCGGUGGCGGAGCAUGCCCGGCGGUCGAUGGCGAGCGCGAACCCGCUGAGCAGGCGGGUGUUGAAGAAGGAGGCGAAGAAGGCGCGGAGGACGGCGACGAGGGUGAUGGUCGCGGAGAGGAAAGCCGUCCUCGCGGGCGGCAUGGAUAUCGAUGAUGAGAGCAAUCUGUCUGCUACGUUCAUGGUCUCUUGAGUGUUUUAUAUCAUGCUAGGAACUGUGUAGCCUUUCUAUAACAUGUCCACAGGCUUUGACCCCUUCCAAUCGCGACCCUCUAGCUGCUGCUCGCAAAUAU